GUUGCUAUAAUUCUUAAUUCAUGCGUUGUAGGGGGAGAUUUAUGUCACCACAAACAGAAACGAAAGCAAAGGUUGGGUUCAAAGCUGGUGUUAAAGAUUAUAAAUUGACUUAUUAUACUCCUGACUAUCAAACCAAAGAUACUGAUAUCUUGGCAGCAUUCCGAGUAACUCCUCAACCUGGAGUUCCGCCUGAAGAAGCAGGUGCAGCGGUAGCUGCAGAAUCUUCCACUGGUACAUGGACAACUGUGUGGACCGAUGGACUUACGAGCCUCGAUCGUUAUAAAGGACGCUGCUACGAGAUCGAGCCUGUUCCUGGAGAAGAUAAUCAAUUUAUUGCUUAUGUAGCUUAUCCCUUAGACCUUUUUGAAGAAGGUUCUGUUACUAACAUGUUUACCUCCAUUGUAGGUAAUGUAUUUGGGUUCAAGGCCUUGCGUGCUCUACGUCUGGAAGAUUUGCGAAUCCCUUAUGCUUAUGUUAAAACUUUCCAAGGUCCUCCUCACGGAAUCCAAGUUGAGAGAGAUAAAUUGAACAAGUAUGGACGUCCCCUAUUGGGAUGUACUAUUAAACCAAAAUUGGGUUUAUCCGCUAAGAAUUAUGGUAGAGCAGUUUAUGAAUGUCUCCGCGGGGGACUUGAUUUUACCAAAGAUGAUGAAAAUGUGAACUCCCAACCAUUUAUGCGUUGGAGAGACCGUUUCUUAUUUUGUGCCGAAGCAAUUUAUAAAUCACAGGCCGAAACAGGUGAAAUCAAAGGACAUUAUUUGAAUGCUACUGCGGGUACAUGUGAAGAAAUGCUAAAAAGAGCUGUAUUUGCUAGAGAAUUGGGCGUUCCUAUCGUAAUGCAUGACUACUUAACAGGUGGAUUCACUGCAAAUACUACCCUGUCUCACUAUUGCCGGGAUAAUGGUCUACUUCUUCAUAUCCACCGUGCAAUGCAUGCAGUUAUCGAUAGACAAAAAAAUCAUGGUAUGCACUUUCGUGUAUUAGCUAAAGCCUUACGUUUGUCUGGUGGAGAUCAUAUUCACGCUGGUACUGUAGUAGGUAAACUUGAAGGAGAAAGGGAGAUUACUUUAGGUUUUGUUGAUUUACUACGUGAUGAUUAUAUUAAAAAAGAUAGAAGUCGCGGUAUUUAUUUCACUCAGGAUUGGGUUUCUUUACCAGGUGUUAUCCCUGUUGCUUCAGGGGGUAUUCACGUUUGGCAUAUGCCUGCUCUGACCGAGAUAUUUGGAGAUGAUUCUGUACUCCAAUUCGGUGGAGGAACUUUAGGACACCCUUGGGGAAAUGCACCUGGUGCCGUAGCGAAUCGAGUAGCUCUGGAAGCAUGUGUACAAGCUCGGAAUGAGGGACGUGAUCUUGCUCGCGAGGGUAAUGCAAUUAUCCGUGAAGCUUGCAAAUGGAGUCCUGAAUUAGCUGCUGCUUGUGAAGUCUGGAAGGAAAUCAAAUUUGAAUUCCCAGCAAUGGAUACUUUGUAAUCCAGUAAUAAUCAUUCGUUCUAUUAAUUUCCAUUAAACUCGGCCCAAUCUUUUACUAAAAGGAUUGAGCCGAAUACUGUACACAAUACUUGUUGUUUGUAUCUAUAAUAAAUCCUAUCGAUCCGAAGGAUCGAUAUAUAUAUAUUUUGUCAACACUAAUAUUGACAACAGUGUAUCAAACAAAUAUAAUCUGAUCGUGAAUAAAUGGAUCGAUUGACUCAUGUCAGAUAGGUUUUUUACUUAAUCUUAAUGGUGGAUUCGUUGUAUUUUGUUUGAUACAAACAAGAAGUUUUUUUUUUAUUCAAAGUGAAAUAGAAAUAUGAAAAAUAUGUAAAAAAUAAUAAUAAUUUAAAACUAUAGUAAUACACAAAUAACUACUGUCCUAAAUAAGUGGUCUAUCAUUUUUGAUUCUAAUUUUUUUUCUGUUUUUUUUCAUUGUAAUUUAAUGUAAUAUGUAACAUUUGAUUCUAUUAUUUAUAGAAUUGCAUCUUUUUUUUUUAUUGCGAUUGGCUAUACACAUCCUUGUUUGUAAUUUGAUUAGGGUUGCUAACUCAAUGGUAGAGUACUCGGCUUUUAAGUGCGACUCCAUUUUUUACACAUUUCUAUGAACUAAUUGGUUCAUCCCUACCAUCGGUAGGGUUUGUAAGACCACGACUGAUCCAGAAAGGAAUGAAUGGAAAAAGCAGCAUGUCGUAUCAACGGUGAAUUCUAAAAAUUUUUCAUUCAUAUUGGAUCCGACCAAUAUUUUUCUUUGAAUUGUUGACUCGGAACAAAUGAAUUACGUUGGGUUGAAUUAAUAAAGGGAUAGAGCUUAGCUGCUCCAAUUAUAAGGAAACAAAAAGCAACGAGCUUUCAUUUUUUAUUUGAAUGAUUACCACAUCUAAUUAUACGUUAAAAAAGGAUUAGUGCUUGCUGUGGAAAAACUUUUUCCCACGAAUGGAUUAAGGAUUUUUGUUAUGAGUCCUAAUUAUUAGCUAUACCCCAUUAUGUUAUGGGGUAGCAAGAAAUAUGUAGAAGAAAGAGUAUAUUGAUAAAGAUAUUUUUUUCCAAAAUCAAAAGAGCGAUUGGUCCAAAAAAUAAAGGAUUUCUAACUAGCUUGUUAAAAUGAGAAGGAACAAGCGAGGGGAGAUAGUCCAUUAAUCGGUUUUAACUCGUUUUCUAGGUAUCUAUUCAUAUUUGUUUUUGAUUUCAAUUCGAAUAUAGAUAUAGAAUACCUUGUUUUGACUGUAUCGCACUAUGUAUCAUUUGAGAAUCCAAUGAAUCUCUGAUCCUUUGACCAAAUCGAAUUUAGAAAAUGAAGGAAUAUCAAGUAUAUUUAGAACGAUCUAGAUCUC